GGGAUGCCAGCUUCACGUCACUCACAAGUGUCAGUUAGCUUUUCUGGUUGAACUUAGACAAAGAGCGGAGCAUCGUCCGCGAACCGUUUAAAGUCCGUGAACAGAAAGAGUUUUUCGCCCUGAGAGGAGAUGGCGCUAGAAAGAGGCGGGAGCCCCGUGGAGGAGGUGAAGGGAGACGUGGACAGUGACUCGAGGGAAGGAGCCAGCCUGCUGCUGGACGAGGAGUACUUUAAGCUUUCCUGCGCUAAGGAGUUGGCUCUGUUGGCCCUGAUGGAGAAGACAGGCUACAACAUGGUGCAGGAGAACGGGCAGAGGAAAUACGGAGGACCACCGCCAGGCUGGGAGGGUCCAGCCCCCCCCCGGGGCUGCGAGGUGUUCGUGGGGAAGAUUCCCAGAGACAUGUACGAGGACGACCUGGUGCCGCUGUUCGAGAAGCCCGGGACGAUCUACGAGUUCAGACUGAUGAUGGAGUUCAGCGGAGAGAACCGCGGCUACGCCUUCGUCAUGUACACCGACAGAGAAGCAGCUCAGAGAGCCAUCCAGAUGCUGGACAACUACGAGGUGCGCCCGGGGAAGUUCAUCGGUGUGUGCAUGAGUUUGGACAACUGCCGCCUUUUCAUUGGCUCCAUCCCCAAAGACAAGAGGAAGGAUGAGAUCAUGGAGGAGAUGAAAAAGGUGACGGAUGGCGUGGUGGACGUGAUCGUGUACCAGAGCUCCGCCGAGAAGAGCAGAAAUCGAGGCUUCGCCUUUGUUGAGUACGAGUCCCACAAAGCGGCAGCGAUGGCCCGCAGGAAGCUUAUUCCUGGAACCUUCCUGCUGUGGGGUCACUCUAUCCAGGUGGACUGGGCGGAGCCUGAGAAAGACGUGGAUGACGAGGUCAUGCAGCGUGUCAGAGUCCUUUAUGUGCGAAACCUCUCAUUGGAAACAUCAGAGGAAACUCUCCGUCGGGAGUUCUCCCACUUCAAGCCAGGCUGUGUGGAGAGAGUUAAGAAGCUCACCGACUACGCCUUCGUCCACUACCGCUCCCGCAGCGACGCCCUCACCGCGCUCAGCCUCAUGAACGGUGCCGAGAUCGACGGAGCCACCGUUGAGGUGACGCUGGCCAAACCAGUGGGCAUCAGAGAUGGAAGUAAGAGGUACAUCAGCAAGGGUGGUCAGAAUGGAGGAGGAGGGAAUGGGACGUUUGUGCUAUCCAGGAAUGAUGGAGGGAUGAUAGGAGGAGAUGCAAUGAGACCAGGGUCCACGUUGGCUCGACUGGGAAUCCCAAACUACAAAGGUGGUGCACGGGAUGACCUGGACCGCGGCACGUUCCCCCUGCUGCCCGGCAUUCCCCUUUCCACCACCAGCCUGCUGUCACUGAAGCAGAGUCAGAUCCGCUCGGCCGUCAGCCUGCUCGAGUUUUACUGCCAAAAAAACUGCUGGUCCCCCCCCGAGUACUACCUGUACUCCACACCCGGACAGGACGGAAAGCUUCUGUUGCUGUAUAAGGUGGUGAUAGCAUCGACACGAAGCACUUGCAUCCCUGACAAGUUGUGUGAACUGUUGGAUGAUGCCAAGGAGCUCGCCGCUCAGACCGCCCUGUGGAAACUGGACUCGUAUUUUUUGAGCGGCACUUCCUGCGACUCUCCCAGUAGUGGCUCUCCUCCUCUUGCAAUGUCCCCACCUCUCACUGCCCCCACCGCUCCAGGGGUCCUGACCUGCGCUGGCCGGGCCUUCGCCUCCUGCCUCCCUCCGCCCCCACCCCCUCAGUCCUCAUACCCCCUCUCCGCCCUGUCUCCUCUUUCCUCACUCAGCCCUGCCGCAUCUCGGGCUCAGAGGCUCUACAUCAACUCGCAGUCACCUUUCUACUGAUGCCCUUUUUUGCCGGAGGCGCUCCCUCACCUGAGGGUUAGAAGCCAGAGGAGGAUUGACAUGAGGAAGAGGAGUGCAAGGAAGAAAAGGCAGGACUGUGUUUUUUACGAUUACACCUGCUCCCUGUACAGAGUUGCACAUGUUUCAUAAGAGACGAUGGAGGAAGCCGCUUCUUCUUCUCUCUAUCACCUCCAGUAACCUGAAGGAGGAAAGGCAUUGUUUAGGUUUCCUUUGCCUCUGUUAGAUGUCAUAGUGUUGUUCUGUUAUUACCAUCAAAUAGUGUGACUCUCGUUUCCUCCCUCUUUAGUUUUGGCCUUGAGGUGAAUUUCUUUCAAAUUUAAGAACAAAAUGUGUCAUCAUCAUCUUCUUCUUCUUCUAGAGAAACGUUUUGUAGCUGCCGACUCCUUUCAUGAACCGACUGGAGGCCUUAAAGGCAGAUUCACAGAGUCUCCUCCGGUCAUUUCUUUCUGUUCAUUGCAAAGCUUCUCUGAGCUGCUUCUAAAUAUGAAGCUCCAAAAUAAAAAGAGUCUUUAUUUUUUGGGGUUUUUUUUUUCAUGUUUGCCUGAGCCGCUUCAUGCCCGGGCUGUUUUUUGAGGUUUCGAAGAAGAAGAAGAACAACAACAACAAGGGGAAGAGAAGAAGAAGCAGUUUAAAAAAAAAAAAAAACCUCUUUUGUUGUUGGGUUUUACUCUCAUUUAAACUGUUCAGUACAAACAGAAACACACUUUAUACACUUUGUCGUGGUUUUGUUUCACUCUGUUGUUAAUUAGUAUUCAUAAAAUUCAUUUUGCAGUCAUUUAAACAGGAACGGGGGAGCAGUUAUUUUUAGAGGAUUCAUCUUUCCAAAAGCAGCCACCUCAGAAAAUAUUACAUCAUUUUUAAUUUACUGAUCUGGACUUACAUUUAAUUAGUUUUUAAAUUAAUGGUUAAAGAAAAGCAGAACAAUUGAAUACAAUGAAGAGCAUGCCUAUCAAUUUUACAAAAUAAUUAAUAGCUGCAUGCCUCUGAGUUAAUGUUCCUUACAUUACUUUCUUUUUGAAGACUUUUAUUGUCUUUACAGGAACACUUUAGACCUAAAGACAAUUUGUUUGGGGUAAAAUAAUUCAUGGAAAAAAAGAAUAAUCAGCAAAAAUUGAUAAAUGAAUAUUUUUGUGUUCAUAUUGUUUCUGGAAUGUGUCUUUAUGGGACCUGAAAUUCAUUGGUGUCUGGUAAUUAAUUAAUAGUUUCAGCCAGUUUUCAAUUAAAAGUACUUAAAAAGAAUUAACUGAAUAGAUAAAUUUAAAAUUAACAAAAAAAAUCAUUAGUGGUAGCGGUAAAUUAUUUUAUUUUUUGAGACAGUUUAGACUUUUACUUGGAUUUACAUGGUAGCACAUUAUAUUAUUUUUCUCUAAAAUUUUACAGGAAAUUAUUACAAAGUUAGAAAUUUUAUAUGAAUCUUUCUGAGCAGAGGUCGUGCUGUAUGCUUCUACUAAUUUAUAGUAUUUGAUAUUCUGGCUCAUAGAUUUUACACUUUUAAAGCAAACAGCAUGAAUAAAUAGGUAUUUGUGGUGUGAAGUGGGUGCUGUUUACUUCUUCAUACCGACUUGUAAAGUAACUUGUACACAGUUUAAAGAUCAGUUCAAACCACACUAAAAUGUGAGUUUGAAGGUUUGAAAUUGAUCCUUUAAUAUCAAAGGUCGAUGUUUUUUCUUUCUUUAUCAGUUUGAUGAUGAAUGUUCUUUGGGGUUUAAAUGUUUCGUAAGUAUUUACAGUAACUCUGUUUGUCCCACGUUUUAUGGACAAUUCCUGCAACAUGUUGCUCUGCUUGAUUUAGUUGAUUUUAGAGGUGUAUUUAAGAUGUAAAAGAAGAUUCUGUUUGUGACAGAGAAUCUGAAUAUUUUUAAUCCAUGUCAGAAUAUUCAUCCAUGUUGUCAUUUUAGUAAUGAAUCUCUUCAUGA